AUGACUGGACGCGGCAAGGGCGGAAAGGGUCUCGGCAAGGGUGGUGCCAAGCGUCACCGCAAGAUUCUUCGUGACAACAUUCAGGGUAUUACCAAACCCGCUAUCCGACGUCUCGCUCGUCGUGGCGGUGUCAAGCGUAUUUCUGCCAUGAUCUACGAGGAGACCCGUGGUGUUCUCAAGACCUUCCUCGAGGGUGUCAUUCGCGACGCCGUCACCUACACCGAGCACGCCAAGCGCAAGACGGUGACUUCGCUCGACGUUGUCUACGCCCUCAAGCGACAGGGCCGCACCCUCUACGGUUUCGGUGGUUAAGCGCUCUCUUUCUGCGCUCCUGUGUUGGGGUGGUUGGCUGUUGAGGAUUGCACACACACAUGGCAGGGAAAGGAUGUAUUUGAUUACGGCGUUGGGGGAACCGGUCACGAUAUUACUAGGCGUCAUGGCAGACGACCUGUCGAAAUGAAUACCACAUUGCUUUGCACGAUGACUUCUUUGUUCCUUGACUUGACACCUUGUACAUGCUUGAAUCGUGGGGGUCAUCUGCACGGCAUGUUGACUCAUUGGGCACGUCGGUACGAGAGGUUGGAAGCUUGAUUAAAUUACGCAGUAG